AUGUCCUUCGGCAAACUCUACUACUACCCGAAAGCGCCCCGCGCAACGAUGUGCCUCUACAUCGCGGAGCUGAACAAUCUCGACGUCGAACUUGCCGAAGCUUGGCCUAUAAAAGUUGACGCGAGCAAAGGCGGAGUAGGUGCUGAAUAUCUAUCAAAGUUCCCGACAGGAAAGGUUCCGGCACUAGAACGGCCAGAUGGGUAUACCUUAUAUGAAUGUAUUCCUGUUUCGAUUUAUCUCGCGAAACAAAACCCCAAUACCUCCCUCCUCGGCUCAACCCUCGAACAAGAAGCAACCAUAAUCCAAUGGUCUUCUUUCGCAAGCACCGAGCUCCUCCCGCCCAUCAUGGCGUGGAUUAACCCCGUAAUCGGAAAAGCACCGUCAUCGCCAGACAUCCUAGCCAAUGCUGAGAAAGUUAGCGAACCUAUGCUAGCGGUCGUUGAGAGAGCGAUUGGCGGUGGACGGAAAUAUCUCGUCGGCGAUGUGCUCACGCUGGCGGAUUUAUUUAUCGUAACAGCAUUGGCGAGAGGGUACCAGUUCGUGUUUGAUAAGGCGUGGACGGAGAAGCAUCCGGCACUGCACGAGUAUUACUGGGCGAUUAAGUCGGAUGCGAUCUGGACGAAGGUCGAUGGAAAGCCUUACGUCUUGGAUAAAGUGGGAGGAAAGCCGUUGGAGUAG